AGUCUCACUCGGACUUCUACUGCGAGCAGUAUACUAUGUGUUGAAGUAGUCAACGCUGUCAAGCAGCGUCCAUGCGGCUUUCAGCUAGACCUUUGUCGUAUCGCGGGCGCAUCAGGGCUUCCUCGCGAGCCCGGAAACUUCUUGCAGAAUGGCGGUUUCGCCACCGGAUGGUAGAGGUGGGUGCUGUAGUAAGACUAUCCCUGCACCACCUGAAAAUCGUUGGACAACAUCCGCUGUCCGUAUGGUGCCCACUGUUGGGCCGUGCCUCUCCGGCCAGUCAUCCAACUCACGUUGCCAGUUGGCACUACGUAAUUGCGCCAUGUACAGAGGUGAUAUUCUGUGCAAACCCGAACCACAGGCGAUUGCUGCUUAUGAGAGCUGACAGACGCCUCUGACAGGAGUGGAGGUUAAUUGUGAUAGCCUAUGUCUCAAGGACUAUUCUUAUUUCUACGUCCGAAAGUACAAUGCCGAUGUCAGAGUCUGGUGUCCCGCACAAUGAUGUACAUGUACAUGCUUUGAAUUGUGAUGAUUAUAUUGCACAUAAUUAGUAGGCCGGUAAUAAGAGUAAGCAGCCGAGCCUUGCUCGUCAUGCAUAUUCCCUCUCGCUACGACUAGGCUUUGUUUCGGAGAAAAACGAUGGAAUAACACAGCAGUAUUCGUUCACUCGCACGACUGACUGUGGAUUGGGUUCGAUUGAAUGGAGGACAUUUGGAGGCAACGCAUGACGAAGUCUUGUGACCGUUGGCAGAGAGAAGCGCGGCACAGCCUCUUGGGCAAGUUUGCUCGUCAAGCAAUGAAAUAACUGGAGCCGGGUCGCAGUGUGAAUGGGCUGAGCGUGCUGCAGGGGUUCGGGAAUGCAACAAAGCAAGCUCGUUGCCCAAAACGGCUAGCGGCACGAGCCCCUUACCGCCGGCCUCUACAAUUCACGUAGUGCCAUACUUUAUUCGCCUACGGCAGCCAAUCGUGACGUGUCUUGGCAAUCGUCAGGGGUCUAUAUGUGAAUGCUGCUAGGCCCCAAUGAGCCGCUAACAGGAGACUGCGCUGCUCACCUUUUUAUAAGUCCUCCCUGCCGCUCUAUCCACUUUACUAAGGCCUCCCGUACUUGGAAACCACUCUUUGUCUCUUCCACUUCCCAUCUUUCUUCCUUACUUCUUCUUCUCUAUUUCCUUUCCACUCUCAACCGACACACUCGUUUUACAACAAACAACCAAACUCCCACAAUUUCUAUCAAGAUGCAUUCUUCCCAGCUCCUUCUCCUCGUCGCCGGUGCCGUCGCCUCGGUCAGCGCCCAGGAGGCAAAGGCUACCCUCAACCAAUUCACCCUCCUCCCUCUUGACCCCGACCAGAAGACCGCGACCAUCGUAGGCUCUGGUCCCGCUGCCACCACCUACUCUUUCGGCUGCCCUGCCGUCACUGGCUCGGCUGUCGCAUCAUCCCUCAAGUCGGGUGCCUCUUCCAUUGGCUCUGCCAUUGAAUCUGCCGCUUCAUCUGCUGGUGGUGCUGCUGGAUCCAUUGCCUCUUCACUCGCCUCUGCCGGAAUCUCUGGUGCGAGCUCCUUGGCCUCUGCAGCCGCCUCCAACAUCGAGAUGACCCCCAUCGCUCGGCCCACCAACGCCCGCCGCGACAACGUCCGCUUGAUGCCCAUCCCCCACCCCACUCCCGUGGUUCGCCGCCAGGACACCGAACUCCCCGACCUCAACAUCGCCUGCAUGCCCUACACCGUCAUCCAGGGCUCCGAGACCUACGCUGUCAAGGCCCAGGUCACCCAGGACGCCUUCAGCUUCUACGCUGAGUUCAACGCCACCUGGAAGGGUGACUUGGCUUCUGCCACCCCAGCCGGCACGGUUUUCAUCACCGGCAUCUCGAUGCUCGACGUGAGCACCGCCACCACUGCCCCUUCUUCGUCCUGGUUCACCUCCCCUGCCACCGUUGCCGUCGUCUCCGCCUCCUCCUCUGCCCCGGCCCCCUCCGGCUCCAACGGUGCUAACCCAUCCGGUGCCCCUGCCAACUCCAACCCCGCCGCUGCUGGUCCCCUCCCUACCGGUGCCGCCGUUUACUUCGGUGCUGCUGCUGGUCUCGUUGGUGCCGUUCUCGCUUUGUAA